AUGAGCAACCAGUCUCUUCUGCAGUAUCUCUCUGUUGCCCUCCCGGCAAUUCCUAUUCAAGGUGCUGCCCCAUCGCGGAAUACAACGAACCCCCGCUAUGGUGCGGGGGACAUCUCUCAGGUCGUCGAUUGGCCAGAGUUCAAUUAUGCAACAAUUAUUCAACGAUACGGCGGCAUUUUGAACUCAAAGCAGAUCGUGUCCGAUCCUUUCAGGUCCCCUCCUGCCGCUAUCAGAGAUGAGCCUCAUUUCCACCUUCGAUUUGCCGAGCUGCUUCAACCGCGUGUUAGGCGCGCACUUCGAGCCGGGUUUGAGGAACUAGCACCCCGGCUCCAGCAACUGAACCUUGUGCCGAUCACAUUUGACGGCGGAGGCUCUGCAGCGUACGUCGACCAGUUUCGACCAGACACUGCAUUCGUCGUCGUGGGGGGGACCUACGCCGACAGCACGAACCGAGCCCCAGGAGACAUGAAGGUCUCGUGGAAAUGGCGUUCUGACUACCGGCAUUCGCAGAACGCCUUCUUUCAAGAACAGUACAAGCAGGUCCUGGCGCAGGUGAAUUUCUAUAUGGGCCAACACAAAGCGCGCCAUGGGUUUGUGCUUACUAAUACCGAACUGGUUGCAAUCAAACGUAUCGAUACAAACGGCCGUUUAGCUGUCUCUUCGGCGAUUCCCUGGACAGCUGGAGGCCAUGGUCAGCUUACUGUGCUAAUGGGAAUAUGUCUGGUAGAGAUACCCAUUCAAGCUGGCCAUGCCGGUCCUGAGUUAAGCCAAUAUAUUUUCCUGAGAAUACUACAUUCACUCGUCUGGCGUGUCUCCCUACGUCCUCCGGCAAGGCUUUCGUGGUGGCUGCUUCUGGAUUGCUCCUUAUAUUGUUCCGUGCCGGAGUACUUACUGCAAAUUGCAUGCAUCCGCCUGCUUCGGUUUCUGUCUCGAGGAAUUCCUGAGUAUCGGUCCGCACUCGUUUCUCCCAUGGUGCUAUCCCUGCGUAUCGCCUCCCGCCAGCCCGUACUACCGAUCGUGAACCUCGAAAAGCGUACGAUUGCACAGGCUGGGGAGGGAUUGGAAAAGCUGCCCAAGCUCAGAUGCCACAAAUUUCACCCAUCCAAACAAAGCCUGAACUAG